UGCGCAUGCGCUCUGACGUCAUUUAACUUCCUGUCUUCGUGGAACGAUUUCUUGGCAGAUGACUACUACAACAAACGUAAAGGAGAGUUACUAACAUGUUUUGACAGAUGUGAGAAAACUGGCGAUAUCUUAAUUUCAGGGGAGAGAUCUUCAUUGUGGAACGUGUAUUAUGCAAUAUCAAUGAUAGCUAGACGUAGAAGAACCAACUCCGGGUCUGACAACAAGCAGCCUAACUUGAGUUUUCAAGGACCUUCUAGUGGGAUAUACCAAGCAGGGAAUCAAGAAAAAAAUUACACUUCCCCACCUCCGCCAGUAGCUGUAUCACAAUCAGACCCUGACAUGACUUGUCGAGACCGCUCCAAUGAGUUUAUGUCUGCAGUCAAGCUACUGCAAUCUAGACAGCAGGGAAAUGGUGUUGCACAUAGGCAAAACAGAGCUUUGCAGCAAAGAAGUGAAUUUACACAGAUUGCCAGGCAUAUUGGUAGAGAUCUUGCCAACACAUACACAAAGCUGGAAAAGCUCACAAUAUUGGCCAAGCGAAAAUCAUUGUUUGAUGACAAGCCUAUUGAGAUUCAAGAGCUUACCUACAUCAUAAAACAGGACAUCAAGAGUCUUAAUGACAAAAUUGCUCAGUUGCAGACACUAGCCAAGUCACAGAAGACUCACAAUGGUCACCAUCAACAUCUUCAGACACAUUCCAAUUCUGUUGUUGUUGCACUUCAGUCUAAACUAGCCAGCAUGUCCAAUGACUUCAAGCAGGUCUUGGAAGUCAGAACAGAGAAUCUGAAGCACCAAAAGAACAGGCGCGAUCAUUUCUCUCAGUCAGUUGCUUCCACACCCACAUUACCCCCGUCAGCACUGCAGGGCCACACAGGUUCAGUUCUCCUGCAAGAUGAGGCCAAUCACACAGGGGAUUUUUCUAUAGACAUGGACGCACUUAGCAGAGGACGGACCCAGCAGCAGCUGGAGUUAGUGGAUGAGCAGGACGCCUAUAUCCAAGGAAGGGCAGAAACAAUGCAGAGCAUUGAGACAACCAUUGUUGAGCUUGGCAGUAUCUUUCAGCAAUUGGCUCACAUGGUCAAAGAACAGGAAGAGAUGGUUCAGAGGAUAGAUUCCAACGUUGAUGAUGCCUCAGUGAAUAUUGAAGCAGCUCAUUCAGAGAUUUUGAAAUACUUCCAAUCUGUCACAUCCAACCGAUGGCUUAUGAUCAAGAUCUUUGCAGUGCUUAUAAUUUUCUUUAUUAUAUUUGUUGUUUUCAUGGCCUGAAUGUGAAAAACCUUGGCUGAAUAAGUUCACUUGAAGUUGACCAAAUGCACACUUCAGUACACUGCAUCUCCCCUUUGAGAGUCAAAGCAAGUAGAUGCCAUGAAAAUGGAAAGUGGAGGGAUUACCUUUUUCCUAAAUAAAUGAUUUCAUAAUUGUUCAAUAACAACAUUAAACAAUGGCAUCGAUGUCAAAUAUUUCCAUAAAAUAACUUUCAGAAUAGCCUUAUAAUGGACAUGAAUACUGUCUUCACUGAUGUGAAAUAGCAUCACCAGAACAAUACAGUGGACUGUCCUUAGGAAUAUGUUGGGGGAUCAGUUUUACUUGAAAAUAUUUGUACUUGUUUGAAGUGCUGUAUUUUCUUUAUCUGCCAUACUUUUGUGAUAAUGACUUCUUUAUAUCAGAAGGUAAUUUUGUUACCUUAGAGAAUUUAGUAACAAAGUGCAUUAAGGCACCCUGCUUUUUUUUUUAAUAUACAAAGAUAGUCCAGUGAGAAGAAGCAAUUAUUUUCUUUCUCCCUCAAUGUUUAGUUCCAAUUUGAAUCCUGUCAUACUAAACAUGUGCCUGUAUCUGUUGACAUAAACAUGCUCAUACAGCUGCAUGUAGGGACACCCAUACACCCUCAUUUAUCAUUAUUUCCAGUUUGUAUAAAGUCUGCUGUAGAAAUUUAUUCCUGAUAAAUUUGUCACCGCACUGCAUCCAUUCAUAAAAGGUUUAUUGCCUUCGUAUGAUAAGUAGGCUUUAUUCAUCGACCUAUUUAUUUGGGAAUGGAUUCUUUUGAUCUCGGAAAGUAUGUCUUAAAUUUGUUUCAGACCCUUUUAGAGUAUUGCCUGAAAAUGUAGAUACACCCAUUAUGGCUUUAUAUAGCUUUUGUCUUUUUUUUUUGGUGGGGGGGUCUUUUUUUUCCAACAUGCACUUCACUGAAAUCACUUGGAAAAAUUUGUGGAUAAGUUAGGUAGAUUUUGUAAAUAUCUUCAAAGUAUAAAAGUUGUCCUCUGACAGUGGUGAGAGAUCUGCACUUCUGUCUUCUGUAAAGCCAGUAUUGUAGAUUUGUUUUUAGGUGUGUCUACCAUGAUUCUUUUAUCUGCAUGCUGGAACUUCAGUUACAAUGUCAUCUAUUGUAGCAGCCAUGCUUGCUCUUUUUUUUUGUUUUGUUUUGAGGAUCAGUCAUUUUUUACAUGCAACCCAUAAAGUAGAAAUGUACAUCAUGACAAAUUUCCAGUUAUUGAGUGCUGUGGUUAUGUAGAUGAGGGUCUGUUUACAGUUUUAGAUUCUACUUUAACAAACAGUUCUAGAAGGGGACCCAGAUAAUGAAAAUUACUGACAUCCACUCUCAAAGUUUGAUUCAUAUUGUCAAGGACUUGUUUACAUUUGAUAUCACAUAGUUGGUAAAGUUGGUAAAGACUUUUUAACAAUGCUGCCUUGUCAUUUUUGUCACCUGAUGUAUUCAGGAAGACAUUUAUGACUGCUAGUGCAAGAAAAAAAAAAAUACAAACUCAUAUAUGUUAUUUGUAACUGGUAAGUAAACCACAGUUUUCAGCAAAGGAUUAAUUAAAGGAGAUGAUGCAUGCUGCUGUUCUGAUCCAAGACAAAUCACAUUGGUACCUGUCUUUGUAUGCUGCCAACAUCGGACAUUAUUCAGUAUUUCUCCAUUUCUGACUGAUUUGCAUCAGACGAGUGUCAUUAAAUAUAAAAAGUGACCUGAGUAAUGCAGUCAUUAGACAAUUUCAAGAGUAGCAGCUGAACAGGACCAUCUGCUAUCAAAAGAACAAGUUUCUCCCAUGAAAGAUGUUGUGUUUACCAAACAGUGGCUCAGGAUCUAAUAGCAGUAGAGUGUAAGACGAGUGUGGUUGUGAAAUUUUGGCUUGGUACAUUGAGGUGCAAGCAGUAAGGAAAUGCAGGUGUGUGUGUGUAAAAGGGAGGUGAUGCUUUAGAAGAUACCCAAACAAAAUGGAAGAUAAAGCUUUUUUUAUGAUAUUUAUUAUUUUCAUAAAAAAGGCUAAAGGUUCCAAAUGUUAUGACUGAUCAGCGUCUUAACACUAGGGGAAGCAGACUGUUGUACUCCUGUGCUUUACCAAAACACAAGAAAGACGUUUGUUGCAAAGAAGUGUUUCUUGAUGCACAGUUUUAUUGUGCUACUAAUCAACAUUACUUCUGUACAAGUGGGAGACCUUUGGGUGAAAUCUAAUCCAGUUUGAUUUGGUUUUUAAAAAAAAUUGAAGUAGUGUAUUUGAAAUACACAGAACACCUAUGAAUGGCGUGCUGUAAAUAAUUGAUACAAAUCAUUUGUUGACUCUGGUGCAGGAAAAAAUGUCUUAAUGUUUAAUAAACUGACAAAUGUCUUGCUGUUUGUGAGACACUCUGGAACUGUGACACUGAGUCUAAAAAACUGAUCUAUAUUUGUGACUGGAUAGGUUUUGUGCCAAGUUGCCUUCAUGACUGAAAUGAGAAGGAACAGUGAAGACAACAUCCCUGAUUUAUUUCACGAGACUCAUUUAAGACAGUGUUAUCCUUAAGCAGUUCUGCUCAAAGUGUUUACCUCCUAGAGCAGCUGUAAAUCUAUUGUAAAAUACAAUCUUACAUUAUGUCAUUUGUCUGCAUUUUUAAUGUGGGAAAUACAAAUUAAAAUAUAUAAAUUUG